AUGGAACUCAAAUGGCAGCGACAGAUACGAAGACUCUGUAGACCCCGAGCCAUAAGAGAAGUGGUCUUCGACGCUUCAGAUGAAGAUGUGUGGAUCUCUGGCAAAUCGCCUCCCAGGAGCUCCGAGAACCAAGGUCGCUUUUUCCAGGCUUCGUCCCAGUCACGCAGGUUUCCCGUUCUGUUGGGUCAUGCCUGUUAUGCGACAGCAAUGACUUUCGUUCCGACGUAUGACAGUCCUGCUGCUGAUUGGGCUGCAUUCGAAAUUCCCAAUGAAACGGAAGCAUCGAUCAAGGCUUUUUAUGUCGCAAUGAAAUCGGAGCGAACGUUAUCACCGACUUCUACACCCAUGUCGCCGCAUGAGGCUGUUGCGACAGCUGGCCGGCCUCCGCCUACGCAGCUAUUUGCCAACAGCAUUGACGGCGAAAGGCCAGAUCCCUUAACUCUACUGAAUCCUGGACGAAAACGAAACAGAAGGAGACUGUCAGACGACGGAGAGUCCCACGAUCCUGAGCCGGGAAAGUUUCGUCAGCGAAGACAGGAACACGCUGAGGCAGCCGAAGCGGAGAUCCGCCGUCUCAGGAGCAUCAUUUACCUUCUUGGAGGUGAUUCUUAUGCGGAGAAUCUAUGA